CACAGGUACAUCCGGCCUGGAGCCUUCAAAAUAACAGCAUGAGAGCUGAAACUAUUUAAAGCAACGAUUUCACCUGCAACAGGUUAGAAGGUACAGUUGAAGACAAAAUUAUUAUCUCCCCCUAAGAAAUUUUAUUUUAUAUUUUUUGAAAAAAAAUUCAAGUGCUGUGCUGUUAAACAGAACGAGGGAUUUUAAACACUGCUUUUCCAAGCAUCCUAAUUUUAUUUUGGAUGCUUGCAUUAUUUUACUUUGCACAGAGAAACAAAAUUAUUUAAUACUACCAAGGUAAAAAAAAUAUAAGCCUCAUUAAGAAAUUAUCUUUUGGCUGAGCCAAAUCACAAGCCACUCUUGUCCAAUCGUGCUUUAAUUUUGUAAUGCUCACAGCUUAUCAGUCAGUCAAUCAAGUUACAACUGAGGGUCGUCCUACACUUUACACACAGUGCUAUCACUUGAGAAAGCAUCAUAUCAAAAACAAAAGAAAUUAGUUUAGACUUGACAAAAAGAAAUGUUGAUGCUUACAAAGCAGGACAAGUGUCUACAAAGUUAUCACAGCAUUUCCAAGUGUUAAGAAGUGGAGUGAGAAGUCUCAUCAAGAAAUGCAAAAAGAGCCACACAGUACAGAAUAAGUCUGGCAGAGGUAGGAAGCGACAUAUUUUAAAGACUCUGGAAAGAAAACUUGUGAGAGAUGUGUCUAAAGAUGCUAGAACCACCAAACACUAGUUAAUGAGUCAAGAGUUGUAGUGUCCAAGAAGGCAGUCACUAGAGCACAGAAAUGGACUGAACCCGAACCCUCCACUUCUACAGAAGCGACACUUUCAAGCAGACUGAAGUAUGCUAAGGACAAUCUGUAGAAAAGAGGCGUAUAACCCAAAGAACUCCAUCCCCACAGUUAAACACAGUGGUUUCAGUAUCAUGCCACCACUGUGACAUUAUAGUGCAGCUACACACUGCACUAUAAUGCAGUGUGUCUGGAACUGGGAAUCUUGUCAAGGUUGAAAGAAUCAUGAAGACAGAAGGAUAUAUGAAGAUUUAGGAAGAAAACCUCGAGCAGUUAUUUGGAAAGCUGAAUCUGGGUCGUGGCUUUGUCUUCCAACUUGACAACGACCCUAAAUAUACGUCACUCCAGUUGGAGAAUUACCUCCAGAAGACCAAAGUGAACGUCAUUGACCGAGCUGCACAAAGCCCUGACUUGAAUCUCAUUGAAAACCUGUGGGGUCAACUGAAGACCAGGGUCCAUGCAGGAAGGCCAUCAAGCCUGGAGGAGUUUGAGAGAUUUGUCAAAGAAGGACGCGCUGGGAUUCCUCAAGAGAUGUCAGAGACUCGUUACAAACCACAACAAAUGACUGCCAGCUGUUAUCCAGUAAAAAGGAAACACAACUGGUGUAUUAGCAGCAGGGAGGCUAAUCAUUUUGACCCUGGUAGUUUUUGUUUUUUGUUAAAUGAUUGUGUUUCUCUGUGCAAAGCAAAAUAAUGUAAGCAUCCAAAAUAAAACCAGGAUGUUUCGAAAACGUCUUGAUCUGUUUAACAGUGCUUGGGAAUUUUUUUGAAAAAAAAAUUGAAGGGCUAAUAAUUUUGUCCUCAAUUGUAUGUUAUUAUAUUAUCAAAUCUGGCCUAAAUAACUUUAAAUGACAGCUGCUUAUAUUGGCACCACAGGUGAAUAGAGUAUAUCUUUUAAUUAAUCAGUAUCACUUUCCCAAUUGAUUAUUUGCAUUAAGACAGUUCAUUUUUGUGGUACAGGAAAUUUGAAAUAAUAUAUGCAAAGCAGGUGUGGGUUUUUAAAAAAAAAAUCAUUGUUAAAAAAAUCUAAAUAGCUGCUAAUCUGCAUACAUUUAUCAUUUAUUUAAGAUUUUCUUGACAUUGGUCCUUUUUUUUCAAAACCAUGCACAAAAGAUAGUUAGCUGGUAGAAAAUAAAAAAAAUUGCCAGAAUUUUAUCUGUAAAAAUUAUGAGAGUAUUGAUAUGAGUAAAUCAGAAAAGUUUGAUGUAUGGGUAUAUGAUGUUAUUUUAUUUUUAAUUUUGUGUUUCUAUAAGAGUGUGAUAAAUUAGGUGGAAAACUGGAAAAUUUACAGUCAAUUUGUGCAAAUUUCCUUUUUGUGGGCCAGUGUUUGUUUGCUGAGAAAGACAUUUAGAAAAUUGAAGACCUCUUGAUGCAAUUUAAACUGCUGAGGCAUCAAAUUUAAGCUAAAAAGGUCAAAUUACUAUCUUACUAUCACUCCCAUCAAAUAUAAAUACACUAUACUAUUUUAGUUUUAGUUUAAAUCAAACAGAAAUAAACAGUGAUUUAAAAGAAUGCAAAAGCUUAACUGUUGUUUUACUUGUGGAACUCACACAAUACGUUAAUUUAACAAACAGUACAAUGUUUCUGGGGAGAUUUGAAAAGUUUGCUUACAGAGUGAGUCUUUAUACCCUUUCAAGACAACUCAUUAGGUUUUGACUGCGUGCUCUUAUUUUGAAGUGAGUGUUGAUUAAACAGAUAUACGGUGGUGACAGAUCUCCGCUUGAUGAAGCUUGAGGGAAUCCCGCCUCCUCUGAUCUCCUCCUGGCGGCCAGUCAGAGCAACAGCAGCACUGAUUGGACCGAUUACAACAACAAAGUGAAAGCAGAGACUAGAUGUGAAAGAGUGAAACCAGCUGUUGUUAUGUAACAUCUGCGCCACCUAGUGGUGCGAUGUCGGUACUACACUACACUCUCUAUUCACUGCACGGCUUCAUACAGUAUGCUCUUUAUUUUAUUCACAUACUUUCUCUCCCCCAAUCUAUUUACAACUUUACUUAACAUUAGGCAAUGUUCGGUUAUUGUGAGAGAAACAUACUGCUGCAAGAUUACACCAUACAUCAUAACCCUGUGUAGUUUUAAGGGACAUAAUUGGCUUUUUUGAUAACUUUGGGAUCUUCAUGAGAAUUUUGUGAAGUUCUUGAGUUUGUGAAUAUGCAAGAAUAGUGUGAAAUCACAGAUAAGGAGGUUAUAAUUAAAAAUGCACAUACAUGGUUUUGCUAAAGGACUUUUCCCAGAAUGCAUAUCUCCAUAAAUAACUAUGAGCAUGGGUGUAGAGUUCAAUUUGGACACAAUGAAGCUGGGGGGUUCUAAGGGUCCUUUGCUGUUAAAUUUUGAGCAUGAAAUACUUCAUUUCUUGCAUUCUGGUGAAUUUUUAUGCAUUAGUUUGUUCCUUUUCGGCAUCAAAACGUCUUUAGUUAUACUUGGGGUGGGGGCUAAAUUCAGACAAUUCAAAAUAUAAUGGAUAUAAUGCAGUAAAGCUCUCAGACAUCCAGUAUCAUUUUCAAAUAUGAAUUUAAUGCAGACUAACUUUUCAACUCAAUCCUGUUAUAUCUGCACACAUCUGGGCCUAAUUUACUCUUCUAUCCUCCAUCGUGUCUUCUGUUUGUGGCAAUAAAACUUCUAAAUGUGUAUAUGGGAGCUUUUCAGAUCAAACUAAUUUAUCUUAAUUCAUUUAUAAAGCCCCUGGACUUUUUAACAGCUCAUACACUACUGUUCAAAAGUUUGGGGUCACUUAGAAAUGUCCUUAUUUUUGAAACACAAGCAGCUUUUUCAAUGAAGAUAACAUUAAAUGAAUCAGAAAUACAGUAUAGACAUUGUUAAUGUGGUAAAUGACUAUUCUAGCAGGAAACGGCUGAUUUUUAAUGGAAUAUCUGCAUAGGGGUACAGAGGAACAUUUCCAGCAACCAUCACUCCUGUGUUCUGAUGCUACAUUGUGUUAGCUAAUGGUGCUGAAAGGCUAAUUGAUGAUUAUAAAACCCUUGUGCAAUUAUGUUAGCACAUGAAUGAAAGUGUGAGUUUUCAUGGGAAACAUGAAAUUGUCUGGGUGACCCUAAACUUUUGAACGGUAGGGUAUGUGUUUUGGCAAACUUUUCUGCUCAUGUUUCAAACUUUAUGCACAUUCAGAACAUGUUAGUCAUAGCUGUGUUUAGUAUAGUGAAGAAAAAAACUCUGUGGGAUGUGUCAUUAUGUGCAUGAGUCAUGUUUGGGGGGGACUGUUCUCCUGUAACCCAUGGAGAUAUUUCCAUCUGCCCCUCCUCCUCCAUCUACUUCUGUCUGCAGCUUUCAAAAUAAUGGACCCGCAAUCACAAACUUCUGGAGUUCGUUUUUAUUGGAGCAGCUGGUGGAUCCCUGAGGCUAUGACUCACUCAUAUAUUGGCUUUGUACUAUGGAUCCAACAGCACAACACUACCUUUAUCACUAUAGUUAGCAUUUACGCGUGCGUGCGCUCCUGCAUGGGUGAAACCACAACAAACCAGAAAGUUAGAAAAACAUUUAGGACUGAUCAAUGCGUGAUAAAGAGACUGUCGGAGGGAGGAAAAUGGAAAAGACGGUCAAAAAUGAAGCAGCUACCAGUGUUGAACAGGCUCAUGAGGAAACAGACGGAGACGGCAGUGGCACAGCAGUGUUGGAGAAGGGUGUGUCCCUGAACUGUCUGUGCGCGCAGUAAAAGAGGAGGUCUUCUGAGGCAAACUGAGCUCGUCUCUCCACCCUCCAGCCCAGCCAGACUACUUCAUCUACGGCCCACUCUCUAAAAACCUCACCUCCUCUCUGGACUUUACUCUCCACCGACUCGAGAGGACUUUUCCGCCGCUUCUCCUCCAAACUGCACUGCGGAAAUCUCUCUGGAAUCACACCAGACUGUGCCAACUGCUGCAAAACCAGAAGUGGCGACCGCAGGAAUCUGUGAGUCUCCACGGCGCUCUAAUAGCUCACCGAGUGUGUGUUUGUGUGUGUGGAGCUGUACAGGCCUCGAGGUGUGUUAACAAUGUACCAAGCGGUGAGGAAGCUGUUUUUUACGGACUGUCGGUGCGCAGAGGAUGCGUCGUACGAUGCGUCGAAAACGUACGAGGAGCUGUUCGCCAAACUGGACACCAACAAGGAUGGAAAGGUGGAUGUGUCCGAGCUGAAGGCAGGCCUGGCUGCUCUGGGCAUCAAGACCAGGAAAGGAGCAGUUGAGAAAAUCAUUUCCGCUGGAGACCAAAACAAAGAUGAAGUGCUCGACUUCAGUGAGUUCACCAAGUACCUGAAGGAGCACGAGAAGAAGUUAAAGCUGACCUUCAAGAGCUUGGACAAAAACAAUGAUGGUCGAAUAGACUUCAUGGAGAUAAAGCAGUCACUGGCUGAUCUGGGACUGGACAUCACCAAGGAGGCUGCAGAGAAGAUCCUUCAAAGCAUUGAUGUGGAUGGCACCAUGACUGUGGACUGGAAUGAAUGGAGGGAGCACUUCCUGUUUAACCCAGCUACCAACCUGCAGGAGAUUAUCCGCUACUGGAAGCACACCACGGUUCUGGACAUUGGUGAUAGCCUUACCAUCCCAGAUGAGUUCACAGAGGAAGAGAAGACGACUGGUAUGUGGUGGAAGCAGCUGACGGCGGGAGCCAUGGCAGGAGCUGUGUCCCGUACAGGAACUGCUCCUCUGGACAGAAUGAAGGUCUUCAUGCAGGUCCAUGCUUCUAAGAGCAAUAAAAUCAGCCUGGUUGGUGGUUUUAAGCAAAUGUUAAAAGAAGGAGGAGUGUCAUCUUUGUGGAGAGGAAAUGGCAUUAACGUCCUGAAGAUCGCCCCUGAAACGGCCAUUAAAUUUAUGGCUUACGAGCAGUAUAAGAAGCUGUUGUCCAGUGAACCAGGGAAGGUCAAGACCCAUGAGAGGUUCAUGGCAGGAUCGCUGGCUGGAGCCACGGCACAAACCGCCAUCUACCCCAUGGAGGUGAUGAAAACCCGUCUGACCCUGAGGAAAACUGGACAAUACUCAGGAAUGUUUGACUGUGCCAAGAAAAUCCUGAAGAAGGAGGGAGUGAAGGCAUUUUACAAGGGCUACAUUCCCAAUAUUCUGGGCAUCAUCCCGUAUGCAGGGAUAGAUCUGGCUGUGUAUGAGAGCUUGAAGAACCUCUGGUUGUCCCGCUACGCCAAAGACACAGCCAACCCUGGUGUUCUGGUGCUGCUGGGCUGUGGGACCAUCUCCAGCACCUGUGGGCAGCUGGCCAGCUAUCCUCUGGCUCUGAUCCGCACUCGGAUGCAGGCACAGGCUUCUGUCGAGGGCUCAGAGCAGCUGCCGAUGAAUCUGAUGGUGAAGAAGAUCCUGGAAAAGGAGGGCUUCUUUGGACUUUACCGUGGCAUCCUGCCCAAUUUCAUGAAGGUCAUACCAGCUGUCAGCAUCAGCUACGUGGUGUAUGAGUACAUGCGGUCGGGUCUGGGCAUUCAGAAAUAGGCAGCAGAGUCCUCUGUCCAUGAGAGUCUAAGAAGAUGCACAGCCAUGUUUCUUUUUUUUAUUAUUAUUAAAAUUCAAAACACUUCCCUUCUUUCGACUGGCAUAUGAGGAUGUUUCCCUGCAGGUCACCAAAGUCUGGACUCAAACUGCUGCAGAUGGAGCCGCUGCACAAGUUUGAAAGUCUUUGCAAGAAUUGGCUAAACUACUGAGCCACUAUAGGAGAAAUUCUGCUGCACAAACGCAAUGAAUGAUGACAUCUCUUUCCAAAUGUUUGUUUUUGUCCAGGCUCUGUUUACGAUGCACCCAGCUUCAAGAGCACCGCCAGUCUCAGGCACUCUUUGUUCCAACUGAGGUUUAAAACCCAAAACACUUGGAGAGCUUAGUUUUUGUUUGGCUUAUUUUGUUAGUUUGAGCAGAAAUGCCAUUGUUUUUUAUAUCAGGAUCCUGUAAUGUGUCACAUGUUCCUUUAAUAUUUGCACCAAUUUUGAUCCCGAUACGACGUCCAACAUAUCACCUGCUACGUAUUUGCUCCUUUAUUUGCUGUCUCCGUCCGUAUCAAAAAUAAUCCGACCAAAAAAUGAAAGGUUUCACAGCUUUACACAAUCUUCCAGAUGUUGUGAAAGAUGUCUGUAAGAGGGGAGUUGUUUCACAAAGAAAUCUGAGGAAACUUUCAAAGUGCAAUACUGUAUUCACACAUCGGUCAUUCGCAUUCUGUUAUGUUUGACACAAAUAUGUUCUUUUGGGAAUGGAUUUCACCUGAAUGCUGCAGUUCUUCUUUGUAUAGGACUUUAUAUUUUUGCACCUCUUCACUGAGGUCGGUGAACAGAAGAGAAAUGUGCCUUAUGUGUUUUUUUUUCCCCAGAUAUCUGUGAACUUCUGCACCCUCCCCUUUCUCUUGCCUUUCUUUCUAAUAUUUGGUUCAUAGAUGCUGGUGUUUACAUGAGUAAAAACAUUUGAAUACAAA